AUGAAAAGGAAUUUUUUAAUAAGGACAUACAAAUUUCUUAUAUCUCGCCAUAAUAUAUACCUUUUAAAUUUUAUUAACUUUUUAAAAUUGAAAAGUAGUAUCUAUGUAAAUAAAACAUACGCUAUUUCCAAAAAAAAAAAUAGGAACAUUUUAAAAAUAAAUAAAAUGGAAAUAACUUAUUUAUCUCAAGCUUUAGCACAAACUAUAGAUAAUGAAUUGAUGUCUGAAGAAAUUGGAUACACAACUGAGCAAUUAAUGGAAUUGGCUGGAUUAUCAAUAUCUCAAAUAAUUUUUCAUGAGUAUAGCCUUUCGAAAUUCCCUAAAAUUUUGAUAUGCUGUGGUCCGGGUAAUAAUGGGGGAGAUGGCUUAGUUGCAGCUCGCCAUUUAAAGGAAUUUGGAUAUGAUGUUGCUGUAAAUUACCCAAAAGAAAAUAAUAAAAUAUUAUUUAAACGAUUAUUAAAAUUAUUAGAGAAUUAUGAAAUUAAAAUUUUAAAAGAUAUUACACCAGAUGAACUAAAUAAAUAUGAUUUGAUAAUAGAUUCUAUUUUUGGAUUUAGUUUUAAAGGAGAACCAAGAAAACCUUUUGAUGAUAUAAUUAAAAUGAUUAACAAUUGUAAAAAGUCAAUAGUCUCAGUUGAUGUUCCUUCCGGUUAUCAAAUUGAUUCAGGUGAUACAGGAAACCUUUGUAUUAAUUCUGAAAUGAAUAUUUCACUAAUGUUACCUAAACAAGGAUUAAAAAAUUAUCAGAAAAAACAUUAUUUGGGAGGAAGAUUUUUACCAAGUUCUAUAAUAAAAAAAUAUAAUUUGAAAGUCCCUCACUUCUCAGGAUAUAACUCUUUUAUUAUGCUUUAG